CGACCCUCACGGGCGAAGCCAAGUAUGAAUCCGAAACCUGAUCUUCGACUCCAAGCGCUCUAGAUUCUCGACCCUGACCUCAAAAAUGGCCAAUUCUGAACGAACCGAAGACCCGUGAGAAUUAAAAACAAGGCCCCCAGCCUCCACAAAAUUUACUCAAAACCCCCCCAGGCCCCCAGAACUCUGUUAUGACCUGCCUCCGCUCAAAGCUCCCCUCCUCAACAAAGUCAAAACCCUAACGUCCUCUUUCUCAGCCGCAACCACCACCGCAACCGCGCCGCCGCCGCAGCCUCCUCCACCGCCAUGGCCGCGACAACAGACGUCCGUCCCCCUCCGCACGCGCGUCUGCAUCAUCGGCACAGCGCGCCCGCCGCCCACACCGCCGCGAUCUACGCCGCGCGUGCCGAGCUCAAGAAGCCCAUCCUCUUCGAGGGUUGGAUGGCCAACGACAUCGCCGCCGGAGGCCAGCUCACCACUACCACCGACGUCGAGAACUUUCCCGGGUUCCCCGAGGGGAUCCUAGGGUUUGAGCUCAUGGAUCGCUGCAGGAACCAAUCUCUUAAGUUCGGGACUCAAAUCUUGACCGAAACUGUUACCUCUGUUGACUUCUCGAAGAGGCCGUUCAAGGUUUUCACGGAUUCGACUUCGGUGGAGGCCGAUUCCGUUGUUGUGGCUACUGGGGCUGUGGCGAGGAGGCUGCAUUUUGAUGGAGCUGAUGAGUUCUGGAACCGAGGGAUCUCGGCAUGCGCUGUCUGCGAUGGAGCGGCGCCGAUAUUUAGGAACAAGCCAAUUGCGGUGAUCGGAGGAGGGGAUUCCGCCAUGGAAGAGGCUAAUUUCUUGACUAAGUAUGGGUCUAAGGUUUAUAUUAUUCACCGCAGGGAUACAUUUAGGGCUUCCAAGAUUAUGCAGGCAAGAGCUUUAGGGAACCCUAAGAUUGAAGUAAUUUGGAACUCCACGGUUGUGGAAGCUUUUGGAGACGGGGCACUUGGGGGUGUUAAAGUUAAGAACUUUGUGAACGGGGAGGUGACAGAACUGAAGGUCUCGGGGUUGUUCUUUGCUAUUGGGCAUGAGCCGGCUACUAAGUUCUUGGGAGGGCAGCUUGAGUUGGAUGCUGAUGGGUAUGUUGUGACCAAGGCGGGGAGCACGCAGACGAGUGUGAAUGGAGUUUUUGCAGCUGGGGAUGUUCAGGAUAAGAAGUACCGGCAAGCAAUCACUGCUGCUGGAUCAGGGUGCAUGGCUGCCCUUGAUGCUGAGCACUACCUGCAGGAAAUUGGAGCUCAGGAGGGCAAGUCCGAUUGACUAUCUUCAGAUGUUGUAACGCCAACUACUCAGUCUAUGUUGGCAGCAAGGUCAAAUAUGUAGUGUUAGUGGGGAUAAUUCAGAAACAUUCAAUCGGAUGUAGUUGUCAUUGCUAUGAUAAUUGUGAUUUAGAUUCAGGUUGGGUCCUGGUUCCUGUAUACUCAAUUGAGAUAUUCGUUGCUUUAGCGCAAUUGGGAAACAUGAUAUUACUGUUCCUGUAAGUUACACUGCUCGAGUAUUGAAGUUGAUAUCUGCUUUGCACAAUA